CGUGCUGUUUGCCGCUUGCAAAUUCAAGCUUAUGUCGCUGGUGUUUGCUCGGCUGCCCUGAAGAGCCACCUUCACCUCACUUCGUAGACCCACCGCCAGAUCUACCGUUGUUGGCAAGUUUCGAAUCCCACUUCCCCGCCUGUCUUGGGAGUUUACCUUUCGUUGAGAUCAACUUCUUCAACUCCGCCCGCUGGCAGCGGUCGCAGGUUGCUUUUGGUCUCUUUCUUCUCCAGCCCCCAACAUGCUGCGCAAGCCCUCCACUGCUUCAGCUGCGCAGGCGAGAGCAACAGAUGGAAUCAAUUUCGAUCGACUGGCUCUGGGAGAUGGGCGAGAGCUUAAGGCAGACGAACAGCUCCCGCCAAGUUCGACGGGGGAGGCGGCGAAAAAGAGGAGGUACAAGAAGCGGACGCGGAGAUCGAAUAACAGCAAGAGCGCUGCAGUUGGGGUUGUAGAGGAUAUCGCCGAGACUGAGCCCAACAACGCGAACGUUGACGGCGCAGAAUCGCCAACAUCGGACACGGACACCGUUGCUACGGAGCCAUUCCCUCAGUUCCAGCUUGGACGCGCACUACCACAGCAUCCUAGAGCUUUUUACGUCGAGAUUCCCGUCCUAGCGCACUACGCGCUCCGCGAGCUGCCCAACGUUGGUGAUGACGAAGACGAUAACGAUGAAGGCCUUUUCGCUACGCAGAAGAUCGAGCCAGGCACGCGCAUCAUCUCCGAGCAACCGCUGUUCACACUCCCAGCACCAGGCGAUCAGGUGCCUCAGCUCAUGGCAGCUUACGAAAAUCUCUCCGAGUCAGACCAAGAGCGCAUCUGGAAACUCAGGCCAGCAGCUGCAGAGGCGUCCGACGCGCUCAUGAGCCUGCGUUUCCUCAUCGACAAGCUCGCUGUGGAACUGCAGACCAUCAUGUACAAGUCAGAAGCAGAGAGGACGGCGGAGGAGAAGACAACCCUCUCUGAGAUGCGACCAAAGUCUCAGUUUGCCAUGAACGUAUAUCGCGUGGCCGCACGCUGGCAUGCCAACAAGUGCUCUUUGCUCGACAUGCCUCUAGACCAGCGAGCCGAUCUGCCCAACGGUACGCCAGUCGCAGGAUUGUUUAUUGAGAGGGCGCAUAUCCGCCACUCGUGCGUCCCAAACUGCUUCGCCAGCUACGACGCCGAUCUCGGUCGCAUGAACGUUCAUACUACCCGCGACGUCGCGCCCGGUGAGGAGCUGACUUGUUCCUCGUUCGCAGACACUAUGUACUACAGCAAUGCCAAAGACCGCAAGCAAGAACUCUUCUCCUGGGGUUUGACGUGUGACUGUGAAGCAUGCGAUGAGAAGCACCCCAAGUUCAAUGUGCACGAGACAGCACGACAGCGCGCUCACACCCGCGCUGUUUUACUCAAUGAUGUCUUGACGCGUCUGGAGAAGGAAGACAUGACAGAAGACGAUCUGAAGACGGCGCAGAAGCUCCUUCUCGACCUCGUUCGCGACCUCAAGACCAGUGGUUGCGAGAGCGUCGAGACGGUCCGCUGGCGCAACAUUCUUGUCGACCGCAUCCUGCCGGCUCGCGCACUGGUCGUGCCCGAGGCAGAGAUGCUGGUCACGUGGCAAGUCAUCCUACAUCAUGCUAAGGAGAGCGAGACGGUUGGCAAGAUGUGCUAUGGGGAGGACAGCGAGAACUACAGGGUGUUGAAGCAGACGAGAGAGGGGACUGAAGCGACACUCUAGAUGUUGGAGGAGGCGAUCGCGAAUGAGGAGGCGGCCAAGGACCUGGCUGCGGAGGAGGAGGAAAAGGAGGAGGAAGGGGAGGGUGAGAAUGAGGAUGGGGGCGAGAUGUGUGACGAACGACGAACACAUUGGCUUCGUC